AUGCCGUCUAUCGAGGCUCCUUCGACCAACGGCGUCCUCUCCGCCAACGACAACAUCACUCGUUUCAACCCUCCCAGUCGCGUUCUGACGCCUCUCGAACACACCCUCUUCCACAACAAGACACGAUGCUUCCUGACUGGGAACAGUGGUAUGCAGCCUCGAGCCGUGCAGGGCAUGCUCGACUUCGACUUCAUCUGCAAGCGCAGCACCCCGUCCGUCGCCGCUAUCAUCUACACCUUCGGCGGUCAAUUCGUCAGCAAGAUGUACUGGGGUACCAGCGAGACUCUGCUCCCGGUGUAUCAGGAUGUGAAGAAGGCCAUGGCCAAGCACCCCGAGGUUGACACGGUUGUCAACUUUGCCUCGUCGAGAUCGGUCUACAGCUCCACCAUGGAAUUGAUGGAGUACCCCCAGAUCAAGACCAUUGCUAUCAUUGCAGAGGGUGUCCCAGAGCGGAGAGCACGUGAGAUCAUGGUUGUCGCCAAGGAGAAGGGCAUCACCAUCAUCGGCCCGGCCACCGUCGGAGGUAUCAAGCCCGGCGCCUUUAAGAUUGGAAACACUGGUGGUAUGAUGGACAACAUCGUCGCCUCCAAGCUCUACCGCAAGGGUUCGGUGGGCUACGUUUCCAAGUCCGGUGGUAUGUCGAACGAGCUGAAUAACAUCAUCUCUCAGUGCACCGACGGUGUGUACGAGGGUGUCGCCAUUGGCGGUGACCGGUACCCUGGAACCACCUUCAUCGAUCACCUGCUGCGCUACCAGGCCGACCCGGAGUGUAAGAUCCUCCUGCUCCUCGGUGAGGUCGGUGGUGUCGAGGAGUACCGUGUCAUUGAGGCUGUCAAGAACGGCACCAUCACCAAGCCCAUUGUCGCCUGGGCAAUUGGUACCUGUGCCAGCAUGUUCAAGACGGAGGUCCAGUUUGGUCACGCCGGUGCUUCGGCCAACUCCCAGCUGGAGACUGCCGUCGCCAAGAACCAGGCCAUGCGGGAAGCUGGCUUCUACGUCCCGGACACUUUCGAGGACCUGCCCAAGGUGCUCUCGGAGCUGUAUCAGAAGCUCGUCGCCGAGGGCACCAUCAAGCCCGCUCCCGAGCCCGUGCCGCCCAAGAUCCCCAUGGACUACUCGUGGGCGCAGGAGCUGGGUCUCAUCCGGAAACCUGCCGCCUUCAUCUCCACCAUCACCGAUGACCGUGGCCAGGAGCUUCUGUAUGCCGGAAUGCCCAUCUCGGAUGUCUUCAAGGAGGACAUCGGUAUCGGUGGUGUCAUGUCUCUGCUGUGGUUCCGUCGCCGCCUGCCCGCCUACGCGACCAAGUUCUUGGAGAUGGUGUUGAUGUUGACGGCCGACCACGGUCCCGCUGUGUCGGGUGCCAUGAACACCAUCAUCACCACCCGUGCCGGCAAGGACCUGAUCAGCUCUCUGGUCUCCGGUCUGCUGACCAUUGGUUCCCGCUUUGGUGGUGCUCUGGAUGGCGCUGCCGAGGAAUUCACCAAGGCAUUCGACAAGGGCCUGAGCCCUCGUGAGUUUGUCGACACGAUGCGGAAGGAAAACAAGCUGAUCCCCGGUAUCGGCCACAAGGUCAAGUCCCGCAACAACCCCGAUCUGCGUGUCGAGCUGGUCAAGGAGUAUGCGAAGAAGCAUUUCCCCAGCACCAAGCUGCUGGACUAUGCUCUUGCCGUUGAGACAGUCACCACGUCAAAGAAGGACAACCUGAUCCUCAACGUUGAUGGCGCCGUGGCCGUCUGCUUCGUGGACCUGCUCCGUAACUCGGGCGCCUUCUCUGCCGAGGAGGCUGAGGACUACCUGAAGAUGGGUGUGCUGAACGGUCUGUUUGUGCUCGGCCGUAGCAUUGGUCUCAUUGCCCACUACUUGGACCAGAAGAGAUUGCGUACCGGUCUGUACCGCCACCCGUGGGACGACAUCACCUAUCUGCUCCCGACCAUCCAGAAGGGUGUUCCAGGCUCGGAGGGCCGUGUCGAAGUCAACGUUUAA